AUGGUGCUUGAUGAGCAGUUCAUCCAGAAGUGCCGGGAGGCCUUCAACACCUUCGACCAAGAUGGCAGCGGCACAAUUGAUACGCAGGAAAUGAAGCUCCUUCUGGAAGCUAUCGGUGAGGCACCGAGCGAGGAGGAGUUGUUCCGUUUCAUGGCAGAUGUGGAUGAAGACGGGACCGGGGAGAUCGAGUUUGCAGAGUUCCUGCGUGCCUUUGAGAAGCAGCGAGGGGGAGCGCAGGAGCUCGAGGAUGAGCUGGAUACCAUCGAUGCCUUCGUGGCACUCGGGGGAGAGCCUGACAAGACAGGCUACAUUGACACGCAGCGAUUGAUUCAGGUCGUGAAGGCUCGAACUGCCUACGGGCUACAGAUGAAGAAGAAGAAGAAGAAGAUGAUGAUGAUGAUGCGAUGGCUGAUGAAGCACGAACGGAUGCAGAUUUGCCUCCUCAAUGCUGGAGGUGAGCUGUGCAACUUCGCAAUGUUACAUGCAGGGCUGCAGCAAAGCACAGUCCUGCCAGUGGAAGCAGAGCUCCACAAGCAAGGCAUGAUCUCGUCAUCUUGUCAUCUUACCCGUCGAUGA